CCAAGCCAAAAGCCGAUCCCAAGAGCUGAACUCAGCAGAGACUCUGACAGCUCUUGGAGCAGCUGCCUGAAUCCUCUCAUAGCCAGCCUCCUUGCCCCAUCACCUCUCCCUUUUGCGGACCUCCAAAAUGGCAAGGAACCACCAAGUGCAGAAAGCCAAGCUGGCCGAACAGGCUGAGCGUUAUGAGGACAUGGCUGACUUUAUGAAAGCGGUGGUGGAGGAUGGAGCUGAGCUCUCCAACGAGGAACGCAACCUCCUCUCCGUUGCCUACAAGAACGUGGUUGGCUGUCAGAGGUCUGCCUGGAGGGUCAUUUCCAGCAUUGAGCACAAGACUGAGGAAGGAGAUGACAAAGCUCAGCUGGUCAAUGAGUACCGGGAGAAGAUCGAAAGUGAACUGAAGAACGUCUGCAAUGUCGUGCUAGGUCUCCUCGACAAGCACCUCAUAAAGAAAGCGAGUGACCCAGAGAGCAAGGUGUUCUACCUGAAGAUGAAAGGUGACUAUUUCCGCUAUCUGGCUGAGGUGGCCACUGGGGAUGACCGCAAGCAGAUAAUUGACAAUGCCCGGAAAGCAUACCAAGAGGCCAUGGACAUCAGCAAGAAGGAGAUGCAGCCCACCAACCCCAUCCGCUUGGGUCUCGCCCUCAACUUCUCCGUUUUCCACUAUGAGAUCGCCAACGCCCCGGAGGAGGCAAUCAAGCUGGCCAAGUCCACCUUCGACGAGGCCAUGGGGGACCUGCACACGCUCAGCGAAGACUCCUACAAAGACAGCACCCUCAUCAUGCAGCUUCUCAGGGACAACCUCACGUUAUGGACGGCGGAAUGUGCAGGAGAAGAAGGGGGAGAAGCCGGUGAAGAUCCCAGAAACUGAACUUUGCAGACCACCGAAUGAUGGUAACUCCCCGUCCGCCCCUCUUUUUUUUUCUUUUCCAAACCCAUCCUGUUUCUAGAAGGAGGCAGCUCCAGUUCCUGGAAGCUCCAACCUGAUUCCACCAACACAAGGGGACUGAUUAAUUGGCAGGGGACUCAAGGACUUGCCUUACCACACUCCUCAUGAGGCAGCUUUGGGGAGGCUUCCCUGUCCCUGGUUGUUCCUGGUACGUGAACUCUGCUGCAACUGGACACUCCUAGCUUAGUUUAAUUUCUUGUUUCUAGUAUCAACACGUGCUUAACACAAAAGUCUUCCUGACCUGCCGCGGAGGACUGCACUUCCUUUUGAGUAUUUAAUUUUAUGGAGAGAAAAAAAUAAAACGACAGGAAAUGUAAAUCUUGUUUGGGUCUCAAAUAGCGUCUGGGCAGAGCUAAGCGAGAGCCAUCCUUUGUUUCUUUCAGUGUCUUAUUCUGCAGGGGGAGGGUUCUUACUUGGGACAUCCUGUCAUAAGGAAACAGAGGUGGUGGGCCUUUGGGGGGGCUCUUCAGAGCGGGUUGAGAAUAGCAAUCUCAAGAGGGCCUCUUGUGGUUCGUGGUGAUUUGCUACCGUUUUUUUCCCCAAUAAAAGUUCACUUUCA